AUGUCUGGUCAUGGCAGACUGGCUAAGUCAGCUAACACUCCAGCUAGCACGAGCUCCUCUAUGGCUAAGGACUCAUUGGGACAAGAACCAAUACUCCAAGCGGUUGUUUCCCUAAAGGAAGAACUCCUGGUGAAAAUCAAUGAGAUAAUGGAAGGCCAGACAGCAGACAUUAAAAGUCAGGUGGACCAACUCGGGGAGGAAUUGAAAGCGGGCAUGGACAGUGUUAACGGGAGAAUCAGUGCUUUGGAGCUGCAGUUCCAACAAGUUGAAGAUGCUGCUAGCGAACAGUCUUCUAUAGUCAGUACUCUUGAACAGGACGGCUACUCUGACUACUACAGCCUAAAGCCAGAUGAUUACAAGCCCCAGGUCUACAACAACAGCAAUGUAAUGGAUUUUAGCCAAGUCUUCCUCCCUACAGUCUACAGCAUUGUCUUCAUUGUUGGGUUCAUCGGCAAUGGCCUGGUGUUGUGUGUCCUGGUCAAGUAUCACAAAUCAUUCAACAUGUCAGAUCUGUGCCUCUUCAACCUGGCCAUUUCAGACCUCCUCUUCCUUAUCUCAUUGCCUUUCUGGGCCGACUACGCUGCCAACUCUAAUUGGGCGUUCCCAGAGUUCAUGUGCCAUGCAGUGACAGCACUCUACAUGCUGGGCUUCUAUGGAAGUAUCUUCUUCAUGAUCCUUAUGACAGUGGACCGCUAUGCCGUCAUCGUCCACACCUCUACCUCCCUCAUCCCCAAGCACUGGUCUGUCAGAGCUAGCAUAGCACUGGCUUUGUUUGUGUGGACACUGAGCUUGGUAGCCUCUCUGCCAGCCAUCAGUUUCUCAAAAGUGAAUACUAUAUCAAAUGUAUCAAAAUGCAUGGUGGAAUAUUCAAAAAGGAAAAUGUGGAAGUCAUUUCAUUACAUUGAGCUGAACAUCUUUGGUUUUAUUAUUCCUCUCUCAGUGAUGCUGUUCUGUUACUCACACAUCAUCCCCAUCUUAAUGACCAUGAAAUCUCAGAAGAAACACAAAGCUGUCAGGCUCAUGGUGGUCUUGGUCACUGUUUACUUCCUCUUCUGGACGCCCUACAACAUCAUACUCAUGCGCCACAAUGAUUUCCAGCACAAAGACAAAAUUAAAAGUGUAACUGUUAUUGUUUGUUAUCCCCAAAGUCUAUUUCAGAAAUAAAAAGACCAUAAUACUUUUACAUCUUUGUAAAAUAAUCUUAAUAGCCUGAGAUUAUGUACAUUUUCCUCCAAACAAGUCUAUGUAUAAAUUGUUACAGAAAAUGAAUUAACCCCUUUUGACCAUUUAGAUUAAUUCAGUAGCACUCUGGUAUGAAUCAUGACGAAGGAUGAUUCCUGUUUUUUUUUUUUUGGGUGGUUGCUUUAUUCUUUUGACUGUUAUCAUUUUGUGCUGACAAAGGUCAAGUGAAUAAUUAAGCCCAAGUUGUUCAAAAAUUGUAUUUCACAAGACAUGAUUAAAAAUGGUGGUGGCACGGUAGUGUAGUGGUUAGCACUGUCGCCUCACAGCAAGAAGGUCCUGGGUUUGAGCCCAGCGGCCGAUGAGGGCCUUUCUGUGUGGAGUUUGCAUGCUCUCUCCGUGUCAGCGUGGGUUUCUACCGGGUGCUCCGGUUUCCCCCACAGUCCAAAGACAUGCAGGUUAGGUUAACUGAUGGCUGUAAAUUGACCGUAGGUGUGAAUGUGAGUGUGAAUGGGUGUCUGUAUCUAUGUGUCAGCCCUGUGAUGGCCUAGCAACUUGUCCAGGGUGUACCCUGCCUCUCGCCCAUAGGCCCUGUCCACACGGCAACGGAUUCAGGUGACUCCGAUACAAUUCCUUAUUGUUUAGGCCUGGCGUCCACACGGCACCGGCGUUUUGGGUGCCCAAAACGCAAUCUUUUUGAGAACGGGUUCCAGAGUGGAAAGAUCUGGCAGCGUUGC